UUUUUUUUUUUUUUUUACUAAAUUCCCCUCUUGUUUUCUCUAAUACUAUCUUGUCUUAGAUCGUUAUCCUCUCUCUCUUUUUUUUUUUUCUCUUUCUCUUUUCUCAUGAACCUUUGCUAUUCUCGAGAAAAAAAAAAAGGGCCGUUACGUAUUAUUCUCCGAAAUUAUAAAUUAUAGCUUACCAAGGUCAACUUGUUUUAUUAUUAUCAUGUGCAGUCUAAACACUUAAUUACCAACCGAUAAUAAAAAGAAGAAAAAAAAUCACAUGGGGGGAAGCGCCCAACUGCAACACAGCGAGACAUGAGGUUGCUCUCAUGUAUCGUUUCAAUCUGAUUUUGGCCGUGGCUACGGCGGAUCUCAGGUAAACACGUGGUAGUCCAUUCCUUAUCCGGUUUAAAAAUCGGCCGCCAAUGGAUCUCUCCACCUACCAAUCAGCACAAGCGCCAGCGCAGACGUCGCAGACAUACAGCCCAGAGAGACGUGACACUCCGAAGUGCCCACACGCACCCCCCAGCCCGUCGACCGUAGGCUCUUUCGGUCAAGAGGCGAGGCGAUGCGAGGCGACACAAGAUCAGACACGUCUGCGCUAUGAGACCACACAUUAAACCUGCUACCUACCGGCCAUUGCUAAUGCAUGAGAAGGAUGGGAAAGGAGGAAAAAAAAAAAAAAAAAAAA